GGCGCUAUAAGAGGGCGGCGACCGCGGCGCGCCCUGCGCGGAGCCGGGAGCGCGAUGGUGAGCCGCCGCGGCGCGGCAAGAUGCUGGAUGGGCCCCUGCUGGCGCGCUGGCUGGCCGCGGCCUUCGGGCUGACGCUGCUGCUCGCCGCGCUGCGCCCUUCGGCCGCCUACUUCGGGCUGACGGGCAGCGAGCCCCUGACCAUCCUCCCGCUCACCCUGGAGCCCGAGGCAGCAGCCCAGGCACACUACAAGGCCUGCGACCGGCUGAAGCUGGAGCGCAAGCAGCGGCGCAUGUGCCGCCGGGACCCCGGCGUGGCCGAGACGCUGGUGGAGGCCGUGAGCAUGAGCGCGCUGGAGUGCCAGUUCCAGUUCCGCUUCGAGCGCUGGAACUGCACCCUGGAGGGCCGCUACCGGGCCAGCCUGCUCAAGCGAGGCUUCAAGGAGACCGCCUUCCUCUACGCCAUCUCCUCGGCCGGCCUGACGCACGCGCUGGCCAAGGCGUGCAGCGCGGGGCGCAUGGAGCGCUGCACGUGCGACGAGGCGCCCGACCUGGAGAACCGCGAGGCCUGGCAGUGGGGCGGCUGCGGGGACAACCUCAAGUACAGCAGCAAGUUCGUCAAGGAGUUCCUGGGCCGGCGGUCGAGCAAGGACCUGCGGGCCCGCGUGGACUUCCACAACAACCUCGUGGGUGUAAAGGUGAUCAAGGCCGGCGUCGAGACCACCUGCAAGUGCCACGGCGUGUCCGGCUCGUGCACGGUGCGGACCUGCUGGCGGCAGCUGGCGCCCUUCCACGAGGUGGGCAAACACCUGAAGCACAAGUACGAGACGGCGCUCAAAGUGGGCAGCACCACCAACGAGGCCACCGGCGAGGCGGGCGCCAUCUCCCCGCCGCGGGGACGGGCCUCGGGGACGGGCAGCAGUGACCCGCUGCCCCGCACCCCUGAGCUCGUGCACCUGGACGACUCGCCCAGCUUCUGCCUGGCUGGCCGCUUCUCCCCGGGCACCGCCGGCCGCAGGUGCCACCGCGAGAAGAACUGUGAAAGCAUCUGCUGCGGCCGCGGCCACAACACGCAGAGCCGGGUGGUGACGAGGCCCUGCCAGUGCCAGGUGCGCUGGUGCUGCUACGUGGAGUGCAGGCAGUGCACACAGCGCGAGGAGGUCUACACCUGCAAGGGCUGAGGGCUCCGCCAGCACACAGGUGCCUGGCUGGGGCGGGGGCCGGCGUCCGCGCUGGCUGCACAGCUGCCGUGCCUGCGCCCCGGCCCUGGCCGCCUCUUCCGACCCGAGAGCAUUGCGCCGAUGCUUUCUGAGCUGUCCCUGUCCCGAGCACGCCAGGCCCCGGGUGAGGAGCAGCCCUUGGGUGCACCCUCGUGACCACGCAGCCUCCGUGCCUGCGCAGCCACCCCUGGGGUCCGGGCCUGGCCAGGGCUGUCCCGGCACCGGCACUGUCUUCAGAGAGUGAAACCACUAGGAGAGGACGGAGCCCGCCUGGUCCCUGGGGGCCCAGCUGCCCCCCUGCCCGGCCUCGGGGGACAGUGCCCUGCCUUCUCUGACAUCGAGCACUUCUCUUUGGAGUGAA